AAAAACUUAAAUUAAAAAAACAGAAAAUGAAUCAGAAAAAAAAAAUCAUCAGGAGAACAAAGGUAUAAUUUGUUUUGGAUGUUGCAACAAGAACAAACAAUGUAUACUCCUACAAAAUCCAGCUCAAGUUGAUUUAAAUCUAGUAAGGAAGCAUAUAGAUAAAGGUUUUGAUGUUAAAGUGAACUCCUUUUCUACUGGAAUGUGUCCGAAGUGCAAGACUGCAGUUUAUAAGAAAGAUAAAGAAAAAAGUGUUAAAAGUGCAGAAAUCUUCUGGUAAAGAGAAAGAGUUACUAUUUCCAUGCUUAGCAGAAUACAAGUGGUGUCUAAUCUAUGUCAAUGUCUAAUCUGUAGUUUGGCAAGGGACACUAGAAGUAACAUAGAGAUGAACUUAAGGGAGUUCAUUGACCCCAUCUCACCACAGGAAAAAAAAAGUAGUCCAAAUUCAAGUUCUUACACUGAUGCCUCAAUGUGUGGAGAUUGUUUUCGAUAUAUAGGAAGAGAUAUUAGAAACCCCUGCAAUAAAAAAUCAACUGCUAAAAACUUAGAAAAAAUUAUCAUGUCAAAAAAUCUUAAAUUGUCUGAAUGUGUAACAUCAAAAAUUCUAAAAACAAUUAUUGGGGAUGAAAAACAGGGUAAGGUUAAACUAUCAACAUGCGGAACAUCAUUACAUGUACACCUUCGAGAGAUUAUCUCUCCAAAAAAGAUUAGUUUAGACACAGUAUUUAAUAUUAAAAAAUUACACGAUUUGCCUGAAUGUGUUAUUAAAAGUAUGUUGACUGAAAUAAGAAAAGAUGUUGAUCGAUCAGGAUUUGAAACCAAUGUGGAGAUUGGAGUGAAUAAAAAGUCCCAUUCAAUUAAUCAGUUUUAUUGCAUUCAGCAAUCAACAUUUCAGCAAGGUACUAACCAUACAGAGGUUCAAAAAGAUUUAGUAUAUGUGGAAAGUAUACCUAUGCUUGUUGAUGAAAUAUGCAAACAAAGAGAUAUUGUUCUCCAAGAAUCAAUUGUGAGGAUUGGUAUCGAUGGUGGCCAAGGGUCAAUUAAAGUUGUUAUGAACCUUUUUUAAUCAGAAAAACUUGAGGACUAAUUAAGGAACCAAAAAGACUCGGGUGUAAACAAAGUUAUUUUAUUGGAAAUUGUCCGACAUGUUGAAGAAAGCAAUUACAAUUUAGCCCGAAUUGUCCACCUUCUCAAACUUCAUGAAUGGAAGUACUUUCUUGCAUCAGAUCUUAAGUUUAUGUUUAGUCUUAUUAUCUGCUAGGAUUAUCUGCCCAUGGUGGGAAUUAUGCAUGUGCUUAUGGUAUUGCUACAAAAGACAAAUUAGGAGAGUUAAGAACCUUUGUUAGUUUAUCCCAUCACUAUCAGCGAUUUGUUGAUGAAGGAAAACCACACAAGUUGAUGCAGACCUUUUUUAAUGUCAUCAACCCAUGUCUUUUUGAUGAGAGCCGGACAGCCUGGUAUUGGAUGUUAUACCUCAGCAUGGCUACAAUGGUGGAGGACUAGAUGGAUCUAAUUGUCAAAAAGUUCUAAGGUAAUUAGAUGAGAUGAUUACUGUAGCGCCACUGAAAUACCACGAGUGUAUUAACAUACUUAGAAAAUUUAAAGCAGUGACUGAGAGUUGUUUUGGAAUGACAUUAGAUCCGUCUUAUGGUUAUAAAAUUAAAGCUUUCAUCGAUUCCAUGGACUACAUGAACAUUUAUAUUGAAGAAAGGUUUAACAUCAGUAUGUCACUGGUAUGGAAAUAUCAUAUCAUUAAAUAUCACUUGAAAGAUUAUUUGGAACGCCAUCAUAUGUCUCUAGGUCAGACAU